AAAAGGUGAGAGGCGCUUUGUUCUCUUGGAACUCCAAAGCUACCAUACCACCAUACCUCAGGUUGACGGCAACCAUGGCAACAUCGAGAUCUCAGUCACAAUCGGCUGCGAUCCCUUUCAUUAGCGUUUCUGCAAUUAUCCAUGUGUUGCCACUCCCUGGAAUCCUAGGUGCAUCAGCCCUGGAACGCCUCUACGGGAUUCGAUUCUCAGAACGAUCUGUUGGUGGUGACACGGAUAACACCUCCAGCGCUACUUUGUUGAUUGCUCUCCAGCACCGUGCUGCCAUGUUUGGGACUCUGGGGGCUGGCCUGAUUCUAGGAACCUUUUACCACCGUCCUAGCCUUCCCGUGGCCAUUGGGAUGACCCUGGUAUCCGAUGUUUCUUUUUUGGCACUCACAAUGCCCAAGUGGAAGAAUUUGAACUCAAAGAUGAAACGGGUUGCAUUUGCAGAUAUUGUGAGCAUUGUAUGUUUGGUUGUAGGAUAUCCCCAGAUUAUGUCUUGAUCAUUGGGCUCAAACACAUACAUUGUAAAUCAAGGUCCAAUCUAAUAACUUAUUGAAUUUGCCGUCC